GUGUGGAGUCGGAACUUGGGGGUGUAAGCUGAGGCGGCUGGUUGGAGAGCUGGUGACAAAACAAUCUGGAUUCAUCCCCCUAAAAACGAACAAUAACACCGACGGACCCUCGCUCCAAAACGGCUCGAAUUCCUCGGCAGCGUUUAUCCUCGAAAGUAAGUGGAGCCUCUGCUAUUUCAGGAGGGAAGUGGCCAAAUAAUAAUAAUGGCCACGGAGCGCACCGUCUGCGAUUGAGUGUGUUCACGGACCGGGACUGAUGUUUCACAAAAGAGACCGCUGCUGCUGCUGCUGCACGGACGCGACCGUGGAGCCACAAAGCGAGCAGAAUGGCAGAAGAAGUGAAAGAGACGGCGCGCCACAAAGGAGGGCAAAGCAGGACGCGUGUGUGCGGAGGAGCGGUGCCCUAGAUCUGAGCAACAUCUGAGUUACUCGGACAUCCAGCCUCCUCCAUUCAUGCUGUUCAGGGCAGAAGUGUCUCAGCCAGCACCUGGGAAAACAAAGAGAAUGCGUCCAGUGGCGGCUCAUCCCCGUGCGUAAAUGGAGACGCAUCUGUGCGUAUUCGCGGUACUUUUUUCAACAUGCGGACAAUAAACGCGUGUUUGUUUUUCUCAUUAACCCACGUCCUGCCCCGUGACCACAGUGGCAUAGAUGCAUUAAAGACUUCCUCAUACUUUCAUAUCUGCCAUGAGUGAUGGCGAUGCCUGCACAAUCUGACAGUGCCGGUGCGCAGGGCAGCUCUCGUGAAAAAAGCUCAAGCGCACCGGAUCGCAAUGGUUAUGUGAAAGCAUGUGUCAUCCCACUGUGCCGUGACCGAGGCUGCGAGUCGUGGGGGAGGCUAAUGUUCACAAAAUUAUGGAGUUCCCAGAGACUCCGGAGUGCGGUGUGUGUGGGGUCGCUUUCGGUCUUUCUCGCUCUGUUGGUCAAAUGUGCAGAUUGGAGAGCUGGAGCCAGCAGCAGCAGCAGCAGCAGCAGCGCUGACAACACACUCUCGCAUUCAUCGUCCUCCCUUCACUUCGUUACAGGCUGCGCUGCGGAGCUGUUGCAAACUUGCUGGAGUGUGGUCUCGCCAUUGUUCACCCUCCUAUGUGCCUUCUUUUGGGUCGGUGUGUACCUAAUCCGCUGCGGGGUGCUGAUCCAGAGCGCCCUCUCCCUCCUGACCGUGUGCCACCUGGGCGAAGCGGCGGCGUGGUCUCUCCUGGACGGGACAGAUGAGGAGGAGCGGCUGUUUUCGUUCUCCAGCGCGGCCGUUGUCGCGCUCGUCUGCGUGGCCACCGGCGCACUCAUGGUAGCGCGGCUGAACCAGGGCAUAUCCGUGAUCGUUCUCCUCAGCCUGAUCAGGACUAUCUCGCUCUUCUCGCUGCACAAAGUCAGGGCCACUUGGAGACCGUACGUGGCGUACCUGGUUGGAGUGCUGGGCAUCCUGCUGGCGAGGUAUGCUGACAAGCUCCUGCCUAACCAAGGGAGACACAAGGAGGGCUGCACCCCCGUGACUGGAGCCAGGGAACAGAUCCCUGUAUUUAAAAGGCGCAGGAGGUCCAGUUCUGUGAUAGCGUCAGACAUGGCACACAGUCAGUCCAACAGUAAGUCACAUCGCCGGACCUCUCUGCCAUGCAUCCAGAGGGACCAGAUGCUUCCCCGCUCGGAUUGGGACCACAAGAGAGGCUCCCGAGGAUCACAGUCAUCAGGCACCACAGUCAUGGUGGACAUAGCAGUGAUGGGAGAGGCCCAUGGACUAAUCACAGACCUGCUGGCUGACCCCUCGCUGCCCCCCAACACCUGCACCUCACUGCGGGCUGUCAGCAACCUGCUGACCACCCAGCUCACCUUCCAGCCGCUGCACCGGCCACGCCCCUCUUCCCUGCUCAGCCCCAGCGAUGUCUACACCUGCUCCGACUCGGAGGAGGGACCGGAGAAAGGCGAGAAGACGUCCAUCCACAAGCGUCUGAGGCGAAGUCUCCACCCGGGUCUUCUGAGGAGGAUCUCUUCCACGUGGACCACCACCACCUCCGCCACAGGCAUGCCCACCAUAGAGCCCGGGCCCGUCCGAAGGGAUCGCAGCGCCAGCAUCAAGCCCUUCCAUGAAACACUCAUCUGCAGCUGUGGGAGACCAUACAUCAAACUGAGCCAUGGGGAGGGCUCCAUAGACAAGGGAGACAGGAUACCACGGUCAGCAGAGGACCAAGUGGUUGUGUCAUCAGACUAUGACAGCACCCACGAAGCCAACCACAGUGAAUGCAGCGAUGUAGCACAUACAGAAGAGGACACAGAGGAAGGAAAAGCCUCUGCCCAGAAUGUCAUCCUCCACCCACUAAUACCUCCAGAGGACCAACCAAUGUUGGCUCCAGAGCCGUUAGUAAUGGAUGACCUAGAGCCUCUGAUGAGUCAGCUAAACAAUUGGAACUUCCCCAUCUUCAGCUUGAUGGAGAAGACCAAUGGGAAAUGUGGACGGAUCCUCAGUCAGGUCUCUUACAGGCUCUUUGAAGACACUGGCCUGUUUGAGACAUUCAAGAUUCCUGUUAAAGAAUUCAUGAACUACUUCCACGCCCUCGAGAAUGGUUACAGAGACAUACCAUAUCACAACAGGGUCCAUGCCACAGACGUGCUCCAUGCCGUCUGGUACCUCACCACGCAGGCUGUGCCCGGUCUGCCCAGCCUCGUCACCGACCAUGGCUCUGCCAGUGACUCAGACUCCGACAGCGGCAUAACACACAGUCACAUGGGCUUCCUGGUUUCAAAGACCUACACUGUGUCAGAAGACGGUUACGGCUGCAUGUCAGGCCUCAUACCUGCUCUGGAGCUCAUGGCCCUUUAUGUGGCCGCCGCGAUGCACGACUACGACCACCCAGGGCGGACCAACGCGUUCCUUGUGGCCACCAGCGCCCCGCAGGCAGUGCUCUACAAUGAUCGAUCGGUUCUGGAAAACCACCACGCUGCCUCAGCCUGGAACCUCUUCAUGUCGAGGCCAGAGUACAACUUCCUCGUCAACUUGGACCAUGUGGCGUUCAAGCGUUUCCGUUUCCUGGUGAUUGAGGCCAUACUGGCCACUGAUCUGAAGAAGCACUUUGACUUCGUUGCUGAGUUCAAUGCCAAGGUGGGUGACGAUCCAUCUACAGGUAUCGAUUGGUCCAAUGAGAAUGACCGGUUGCUGGUGUGCCAGAUGUGUAUUAAACUGGCUGACAUCAACGGACCUCUGAAGUGCAAGGAUCUGCAUCUGCAGUGGACAGGGGGCAUUGUCAACGAAUUCUAUGAGCAGGGAGAUGAGGAGUCCAGUCUGGGUCUUCCUGUCAGCCCCUUCAUGGACAGAGCAGCACCACAGUUGGCCAAACUCCAGGAAUCGUUCAUCACGCACAUCGUGGGACCGCUGUGCAACUCGUACAACUCAGCCAGCCUCAUACCUGGACGAUGGGUGGAACCCAACCCAGAGGCAGAGGAGCCAGAGAUGGAGAAUGAGGAAGAGGAUGAGGAGGAUACUGCAGAAGAAGACACAUCCACCAGCUCAGAAGCAUCACAGAAAGAAGCUACAAAGAAAAGGACGAACGUCUUCUGUCAGAUCACCCAGCACCUGACGGAGAACCAUGAGAUGUGGAAGAAGGUGAUUGAUGAGGAGACCCAGAAACAAGGCCAAGGAGCAGAGUCUGUCCAUUUAAACAAUGUAGCUGAGCCUAUUCUGGCUAUUCACGAGGAGGAAGAGGAGCCAGGCAGCAGAGAGGAGCUGCUGGAAGGAGAGGAUCCUGAGGAGGAAGUGGAGGACGCGGAGUGGCCCGUGUCUCCGCUGGAAGAAUCUGAGCCUCCAGAGGAACUACAGGAGGAGGAGGCGCAGUGAAAAAAGCCCAUGGGAAAAAAGGCGUCAGUCAGGGCAAGGACGUGAAAAAAGUAUUUCUUUGUUUCUUAUCCUAUCAACUGACUCCUGUUCUUGCCAGCACAUCACUUAGACACAACACUGUAGAAGUUUUGGAAAUGUGUGCCUAUACAGAGAAAAACAGGGUGGGAAAAAAUUUGUGCUUUACACAUUUUAUCUGAAUAUCCAAAACAUUUAAAGGAGCUUUCCAUAUUGCAAUACGGGAUUCUUCGUGUACUUUGGGAUACAGACUCUUUUGCUACUGUCAAGAGAAGAGGAAGACUGCUUGCACAGACCUCAACCCAUUGUGGUAACACAGGACUGCAGAAAUUUGCUGCCAAUUUAUAAAUAAUUAUUUUCAGAAUGCAAUUAUAUAUAGACAUCACAGUUACCUGUAGUUGUGUUUCAAUUUUAGCAAGAGUUUUGGAGGUCUCACAUGGGCCAUAAUAUGUUUUUUUUUCUAUGUAUGGAUCAUAAAGGGAGUCAAUCAAAUGAGGAACAUUGGUGUAUCUUUCUUCCUUUCAACUUCUGCCAAAUUGAAUCACUCACCUCCGCAUUGUCGCAUCAAACACAGAUACUCAUCACUCAUUUUGUGUUUUACAGUUGUUGCCAAAUUAGGUACUUUAUAUCAUUCAGUGUAGCCAUAUUAGUUUAGGGAGGAGAUCUCCAGGCUCCUCACACUGUCUGUGUGUUUGCAUGUGUGCGAGUGGGUCUUCGCUUAAACUGAUGCGCUCAUGUGCACAAAUUCUUCUGCAGAGGACGUAGAUGAAGUCAGCAGAUUACCUCUUAUUUGUGCCGUCUCUGGUCUGCAGUCCCAGGGAAAACAUAACGAUCACUGAACAUGCUGCACUGACAAAGCAACACUGAGUUGCUGGAAAUGAAUCUGUGCAGACAAAAGACACAAAAAAGGGGAGACACACAGAACAUACAAUAAAAGUACCAAAGUGUUAGGAGGAAAGUAAAAGGGAAAACAACAACGCAGGUAGUCAUGUAAGAAAUAUAUACUGUGGAGCCAGAGAGCCUAACCUAUUUAACACUCAGAGAGUGUGUACUUCCGCCAAGGUCCAACAGUCCCCUUAAUAAGCCACAUUUAGUUUCUCUAGAUCCAGAUUUUUAUUUGGAUCUGUACCAAAUUGCACUCACUCCUAAAUAUGCCAGAUUGUUCUCAUCAAGAUCCGUGAAUUAUUCUCAGAGAAAUCAAUGAAAAUGUUGUAAAACGCCCAACGUCACAAUGUUAAAGAAAAUGAAAAAAAGAAUUCUGAAUCAGCCUCCUGAUCUGGAUUAACCCCAAAACUUAGUGUGUCCUUCCCUGACCUGCACUGCGUCCUUUGACCAAGUUUAGUGGACGUGUUUCCAUAAUCCUGCUAACUAACAGACAAAAAAACACAGGCGGAAAUAUAAGCUCCUUGGCGGAGGUAAAAAGUCUAUAAUCUUUGAAUUCUUUGAAAAAGACCACAGGUAGACUAUUGUUCUUUUGUCUUUUCAGUAAAUGUUGGCCCCGCUCAGUUUGCCGGCUCAGUGUGCUGUAUUAUGCUCUAAACUUACUGGUCCUCAUCAUGUAAACACCCGCAAACGAUGCUGACCUCUUACCCUCAGGAAACCCUCAACUGUAGAAAGUAUCACUUGCGAGGACAGUAAGUUAAAAACAUACAGGGACGGUAGGUUACUUUAAUAUAAUAGUAAUAAUAAUAUUAAAUCUUCUGCUUUGACUUUUAUAUCUUCUUUGCAGAGUCGUAGUUCAUCUGCCUGAACUCCUCUUCCAGCACCUCAGGGAGAUAUUCAUUCUCUCAGAGUUUAGAGCAGACAGAGACUCCAGAGUGCAUCAUGCAGUGAGGAAGAUAUACUGUUAAACUGUUGGGGUUGGGUUAGUUAGGGUUGGUAAAAGAGCAAGCUGUGUUGGCAAGUCUUCAACAUCAGGUAAUCUGUCCUCAAAAUAUUGACGGGAGCCAAAACAAGCCUCUGAAGCUAUAGCUUACCUUAUGAUUGACCUUUUUAUGGUGUAAGAAAAGUUAUGAGGGAAUGGCCAAGAUAACAGUGACGACUGGUGUUUGUGUUAUUUUUGUUUCAAUUUUGCACUUUGAAAUGUCAAACUUGUCAUUUGGAAUAUUUUGUCGCUCAUGCUUCCUCCAUGUUAAUUUUGCUCCCCAUUGGCCCUGAAAUAUUGGUUUAUGAUUUUUUUCAUGAUGAAAAAACCCCGCAUUAGUAGCACAAUGCCUAGAUUAUCUAUAUACAUGUGUAAUGCAAAUCUUUGGGACAUUGUUUUCUUAUUUUACAGACAGCUAGUGAGAAUCUUAGUUUUAGUCACCCCCAGGCAUUUAACUGUAGAAAUCAAAAAAUACAAUGCAAAGAGAAACUGUUUUCUACAAUUUUUCCAAAGGACAUGAAAACAUUUUCAACACCGACAUGUUCAUGUGAUGAGAGUAAAUGUGACUUGACGUAAUAACAGGACACAAUGACAGCUUAAUGAUCAGGGACUUGAUGCAUGACAAACUGUUUCAGCUGUAAAACUCAGUCACAUAGCAGCCCCCCCAUACUUCCCAUGAGGUAAACCAGUUACAUGUGUGACAGAAUGUCUCAGCUGAAUAUCCCACUUUCAUUUAAUAAUUCACAUUUAAGCAGAAAAUGUGCAGGAGGGACCCAUGAAUAGAGUUUGAGUGUAAUUAGUAACAUGCUCCACGCUGAGUUGUCGAAUUAGCUAACGGUCACAUACAUGUGCAGCGAGGCAAUAUGUAAUGAACUGCCGAUCUUAUCCACUUCUCAUGACCUAUAUGCACAUCUUCAUGUGGCUCAUGAGACGCAAGCCACAUCUCUUUAUGGGUUGGUAACUCAUACUGUAACAGGGCUUUCAAUCAUAACCUGAUUUCUUUAAACUAAAAGAAGUGGAGCCCUUAAUAUCAAACAUCAAUCAAUCAAAUUUGAUUUGUACAGCCCAUAUUCACAAUUCACAAUUUGUCUCAUAGGGUUUGCAGCGAUUUACGAUUUAAUAUGAUAUGAUGGAGCUUUCCUUUGAUCAAAGUAACAUUGUAAGACACGAGUGUAGAACAUCAUGUCCUUGUGUCCUGCGUUAGCAUUCCCUCUUACCACCUAAUGUUCCUGUCUGGGGGUGAAUAGCACGCUACAUCCAUUAUGACCCAUUUACUGCUGCCCUCGCUCCACCACAGUCUGUGUCUGGCUGCAGAGGGGGGGGGAGGCGGAACUCAGCCUCCUGCAGUUUAGGCCCCACGAGUUGAAGGUAAUUGGUUGACCCACUGAUUAGAAAGGCAUCAGACAGAGAGUCAUUAGCCAAAACCCUGAUAUCAGAGCAGAAUUGUCAAAGGCCACUGAAUCGAACAAGCUUAAUUAUUUUUUGGGCUUCUAUUGAUAGAAGCCCAAAUCACGUCAUCCAUUGUGUCUUGUGUCCAACAUUCCUGCUGUUUUCUGUACAUCGCCUGCUCCUCAUGCCUAAUGAGACAUUGGUUAUGUUUUCUACAGCUUCACGAAAGAUAGCGGUGAUAUUUUAUCUGAGAACUACUGGAUUGUAUCACUCCAUGGGAUUUUCUGCAGAAGUGACCAACAAUUAGAAAACAAAAACAUCCCACGAGUUAAACUCUCGAAUUUGAUCGAAUCACUCUGAAAAUGAUUUGAUUUAUUCACAUUGACUCAACAUGAUGGAAAACGCUUCAUCAAAUGUGAUCUUUACAUUGGACUUAUAUGAUAAAGUUACGAGGAAAUGUAAUUGAAGUACAUAAAGUCCUCUUUUAGGCAUGAUUCUUUUUUGAGUGUAAUAUUCUUUGGGAUAAUGCAGCUUCCAUUUCUAGUUUCCCUCUCAGCUCCUGCUUUGUGAAUGUAAACAGUUUGUGUGUGUGUGUGAGAGAGAGUUGGAGAGUGUGUUUGCGUCUAUUUGAAUUCUUCCACUGGCCUCUCUAAUGUGACAUGGCCCGUUAUUUGACUAACUGUACUGUUGAGAAAUGAGGGACGCAGUAAGCGAUGCCUCAGUUCUUCUCUUGGAUCUUCUCUUCUCUGGAUUCACACACGGUCGCACAUUUGUCCUUGCGCUUCCUCUCACCUUGCAGAACUUCACCAACAAAUUCCCCAUGAAACCUCUUUAAACCAUCAUCUUUAAAGGCGAUGGGGUUCUGUUUGUUUUGUUCAUUUCUUCUUCAUCAUAUUUUUGUUGUUGUUAACGAUGCAUGCAUUCUGCCCCAAUCACAUCAGCCUAAAGUCAAUACUGAGAUCAGUUUUGAUCAGUGUGUUUUUAAUGUCUUAAUUGGUUUUAUUUCAUUGUCAUACUUAUUCCACACUUGUAGCAUAAUUGUAACCAUGGGAACCAAACAAGCUUUACAAUUAUGUAAACAAAAAUAAGUAUUUUUAUAUAGUUGACACAUGGUUAAAUAAUGAAUUGCUUUCUUCUCACUAGUACCUUGCACUUACCACAUGUACUAAUACUUACACGAGGAAGAAUACGUCCAAAUACAUUGUAUUUGUGAAGGUAAAAUAGUAAUUAAUCUCCUUGCAGGUUGAUGCUCCAUUUUGUACAAUACACAUAUAUGCUGUACAGUAAAGAAAUUUUAAAACUACAAAAACUCUUUUAGAUAUACAUUAUUUAUUUUUACCAUUUUGUAAUUUAGACACUAUACUGUAGCUGCAAUGUUGCCAGACUUACUGGAAGUGCCUAUAUUGGUAUUAUGUAUCAUACAGUGAAUAUAUUUGAAGAUCAUUAGAAGUUGUCACAAACUGAACCAUGUGGAUGUUGUAAUGUGAAUACAUUGAAUUAUAAGACUAUAAUUUCUGUGGUA